AUGCAUCUCUCGCUUGAGCAUGUUGAUGCUUGCCUUCCCAUAACUACGCUGAAGGCGCUUGUUCUAAGGGAUACUAGGCUUGUCAUCCAAGGUCAAGGCCCAUAUGCACGUUUAAUCGAUGAAGCGAGUGGAAAUCUGCUCGCUGAAUUGAAGACUUUUAAAAGAAACAACGCCCAUGGGUUUAUAAUUCUCGAUCAAAAGUCGCAAGAUGCGGAAAGAGAGCAUGUUCAGCUCAUAGCCUGGGGAGGCCAGUCUCUCAGAGUGAUUGACUUGUUCUAUGCCCGUAACCAGGCAACUGGGGCCUCAGAAGCAUCCUUUUCCGGCGCAAGUGCUGAAUAUCUAGCACCGGAUUGGAUGCUGGCAGGAUGUGCAUCCUGUGAUAAUUCCGCAGGAGUGGCAUAUAUGGUCACAGCACAUAAUGCUCUUCUCGGCCUUCGUGUUGUAGAUGGGGGUUCGUCACGAUACGAAAAGGCCAUUCAUCUACAACAACUGGUGACUGGGGUCAAAUCCAUCCUCUACUCGGCUGAUGCUAUUUCAAUUUCUGCAUCGCAUGUAUUGAUUACAGCCGGGACUGUCUUUGGUGAGAUCAUCGUCUGGUCUUGUUUCAUAGACAGCCCUGAAAGCUUGUCCUCUAAUGCCAUCGGCUCUAUCCACCACUUCUUCACCGGCCACGAAGGAUCAAUCUUCGGUGUGAGGAUAUCUCCGCAAAUUCCUUCCUUACAAGGUAGUCAAUCUGGUCGGCUCUUGGCUAGCUGUAGCGAUGAUCGGACUGUUAGAAUAUGGGACAUAUCCGACUGUGAGCGUACGUCCCGCGAAGAUCCCUCGGCCUACUCAACGGAUGGUUUCGAGCUUCGAAGCACAGGAUUUGGCGUCGGAGCCGCACAGGAGCAGAAGGUCGGAUCUGAGUCCUGUGUUGCAAAGGCCUUUGGUCAUCUGGCCCGGAUAUGGAGCGUCCAUUUUCUACCCACGAUAGUGGACGGUCAACGCAAGCUGAGCUUGAUAUCACGUGGAGAAGAUGCAACCUGUCUGCUGUGGGCUUUGACUUGGGACCAAUCCUCGGACAAAACAAAUUAUCAGAUCCGCCAGAAAAAGUCGUUUCACCAUCAUGCAGGAAAGCAUAUUUGGUCUCUUGACAUGUGCAGCACAGAGACAAAGACCGUCGUUUACACUGGAGGUGCCGAUGGGGCUAUCAGAAGCUUCAGUGUCGAGCUUAGGGAAUUGAUCGAUCAACCAGAGGCAGAGGCCACCCGUUCACCCAAGUCUGAAGUCUCAUUGAAAACGUUUGCGUUUGUCGCCCCGGAUUGCUUCCUCGCAACUUCUUUCAAGGGAGAGGUCCAGAUCGGAUGGGUUGAGUCUGAAACCGAGACAGAAACGAAGCCUCAGAUAACCAGGGAAACACUGUUUGUGGAGGAUGACCUUCGUUCUUUCUCCAUUAUCUCUAGCUUACCAGGGAAAGGACUGGCACUGCUGGGUACUGGGCAAGGCCUGAUUAAACUAUACAACCAUGCCACUAAAUCGCUUUCCAAGAUAGCACAGACGGAUCGGAGGCCACUUGGGCUAUAUUUCCUCGAUACCGAUAACGAUUCCAACUUGUCAUCUACUUCGUCUGAUACUCUUUCAUUCAUCACAUCCUAUGGAAUUCAGGACAGGGUAAAUUUGUUCAUGGUCACAGGCUGGGACUCAACAGAACCAAGCGUCGAGAACAUAACAUUGACUCUGCCCCCAACCUUCGAAGUGACAUGUGCCUCCUUCUUGUACGGUACCAAGUAUGUGGCACUGGGAUCCAAGUCUGGUGGACUUGUCAUAUACCAGGUUUCAAACACAGGUGAACCCCUGCAGCCAUUGUUGACUAUGCGUCGAGUUCAUGGUGAUUUGGGCACGAAUAAAAUCAUGCCUUUUCUGUCAGUUGGCAAUGACAACGGCACACUAGUCGAGUAUGUCUUUACAUCUGGUCGGGAUGGAAACUACUGUGUCCACGAGAUUGAACCUACAGCAAGCCCAGAAACACCAAUUCGCUUCCAGACAGUCCACCAGUCUUCUACUUCCAUGGGCCAGGAUAUCUCGGGUGCCUACUUUGACAAGACGUCUCAGGACCUUAUGAUUUACGGUUAUCGAGGCAAGGAAUUCGUUCUCUGGAACGAGUCUACUCAAGCAGAACUCGCUAAGGUUGAUUGCGGCGGAGCGCGCCGAAGCUGGGCUUUCCAACCAAGCGGUGAAAGUGCCCAUGGUGCUUUGUUCUUGUGGAAUCAGGCCGCAACAUUUUAUGCGCUUCGGAUACCUACCGAUUCUAACCGUCCUCUGCGCAUUGGUGGCCAUGGCAGGGAGAUCAAGUCCAUGGAAGCUUUCAACUCCGCGGAUGGCAAAGAGCAUCUCUACGCUACUGGCGCGGAGGAUACGGCCGUGCGUCUCUUUGCACCGACACCUUCGCAGAAAGAAAGCCCAUGGGGUGCAUUCAAAUGCCAGCGAGUUCUGAAGAAGCAUACGACCGGGUUGCAGCAAGUAAGCUGGUCCAAGGAUGGAAGGUUCUUGUUCACAAGUGCUGGGUACGAGGAGUUUUUCGUCUGGAGAGUCCGUUCGAUUCCUCGAUUUGGUGUUGCAGCUAUUCACGUAGCUUCGAGUCCUCUUGACGAACUCAACUCUGAUCUUCGGAUAACGAGUUUCGAUAUGUUGGAUGUGGGUGAAGGCAGUGAGCAUGGUUUUCUACUUUGCCUGACUUACUCCAAUUCUACCAUGAAGAUCUUCCAUUACUCGUCGUCUGUGGAUGCAUUCACCUUACUGGCAAAAGGGACAUACACCAGCAACUGCCUUACGCAAGCCAAAUGGAUGCUCAAAGACUCAUCAGUGAGCCUGGUAACAGCGUCUACAGAUGGAUACUUUACGCUCUGGAACUUGACAUCAGUUCUCGAACCCUUCUACUCGGUCUCGUCGUCGACCUUGGCAGUGAAACAGCUCAUCCAAGCGAUGAAAAUCACCCCCGAGCACAUCUCAUGCGAAAGCCGAUACCAGAUUCACUCCAACAGCAUCAAAGCCUUGGAAUUGAUCCACUUAUCUGAGACUGCGUCUCUGAUUGUGGCCGGUGGUGAUGACAAUUCCCUGUCGCUGUCUUUAUUGGUUACCGAUCUUGCCAACUCUGAGGUCAACACUCGUGUGAGCAGUAUUACCAUCCCAGAUGCUCACGCAGCUUCUGUUACGACCAUCAAAAUACUCGAGCAAAAGUCGUUGGCAGCGGAUAUGAACACAGGCAUUAUAUUUGCUUCCUCGGGGAAUGACCACCGAGUCAAGGUCUGGUCUGUCGACGUCGACACCACAAGAACUGGAGCAGAUGCGAUCACGGCCCGGAAUCUCGUCGACAGAUACAGUUCUGUCGCUGAUAUAUCAUCCUUGGACGCGAUCCAAAGCAACGCAGAUGACGUUCUCGAUGCAGAGACGAAGUUGCUAGUCUGCGGUGUGGGAAUGGAGAUGCUGAGUGUUCGGUUGGAUUAA